AUGAACUCCGAGGAGGCUUGCGCCGACCCGGACUACAUGUACACCACUGUCGGCCCCUGCGCCGUUCGUGUCGCUGGCGGCGCGUUCACGCUGGACGGCGUCAAGCACUACACGUAGAAGAACCGCGGCGAGAACACCUGCCACUGCGGUGACGACGCAUACAACAAGAAGCACUGGAGUAUGAAGCUGAUCGAGACGGCCAAUGUGAUCGGUAUCCGCUUCGAAUGCGCAAGCCCACACAUGGAGAGCGGAUUCCCUGGCAAGGUGAGUAAUUAUUGCACCUUCACGAUCGAGCGUAGCGAGCCUAACGCCCUCAAGACCGCCUACGACUCCUACAUUACUGACAAUAGCCCUUGUGAUGCCUCUCCCAUCGACGUGUUUAGUCACACCUCCUUCAACCUGAACGGCAUUCCCGACCAGCAGGACGGUGAGAAGAACUGGGUGCAGCCGGAGUGCAUGCGUAGCCACUGGCUCCGCGUGUACCGGCCAGCUAUGUUGCCGAGGCGGAUCGCGCCUCCAUCCCGACUGACGAGUUUCUGCCGGUUGAGGGAACUGGUCUCGCCUACCGCAAGGGACGCGUGAUCGGGGACUACAUUGACGAAGUGGCGCUGCUCGACCGCGACCCGUGCGGCUACGACCACCCCCUCGCCAUCGAUGGCUGGGAAAAGGGCAAGUUGAUGCUGCAUGCCGAGGCGAAGAGCCCGACCACAAACAUCUGCAUGAAGGUGUACUCGACCUUCCCAUGCAUGUGGGUGUACACAGCCAACAACAAGCCACUGCCGGCGAGCGGCGGCCCGGGACAGCGGUACGCGCGUUGGACUGGUAUGGGACUCGAGCCACAGUACUUCCCUGACAGCGCGAACCACUACCCCAAGUACCCGUCGUGCAUUGUGCGUCGUGGCGAGAACCGCUUCACCGAGGUCAUACUCAACGAGUUCACUGUCAGUGGCAGCUCCAAGGUGUGAGUUGGCAUCAAAAGGAGCGGUGCGUCUCGGUUCUCUUCUCUCCGCACCCCCCCCCCCUCCACGCACGCAGUGA